UCGUCCUGAGGCAGUUCAGUACGCAGUGAAACAUGGACUGCAGCAGAGGUGCUGAAAAUAAGACUUACAUGACCAUGAUUACCUUGGAGAUGAAGCCAUCAUCAGGAGCAUCUCCAACUCCAGGAUGUGGGUCGAGGAGUAAGGAGAACGGGGCAGCUCUGAAAGACAAAGAAAAGACAGAUGUGGGCUUGUGUAAAGCCAUCAAUCCCAAGAGAAGAUCUGGUAGUGGAACAGGCCCUGCAGUUGAGUUUGUGGACCCUGUGGAGAAGGUGCAGGUGCGUGUUGGGGAGACGGCACGGCUUACCUGUUCCUUCCGCUGCUCAGGGCCUACGGCUUCCUGCUGGAUCCACAACAGGAAAAAGGUUGUGGUGGACGGAGAUCACAAUCGCAUAGAGAGCAGCAACAGUAGUAGUGUCUUGACCAUCUCUGAGGUCCUUCCUGUGGACGCUGGAAGCUACACAGUCUUUGUCCAGACUCGACGAGGCCUCGCUCAACAUACAGUUGUUCUCAGCAUUAUUGAUCGACCGGAACGCCCCGCCUCGUGUCCAUACGUGUCCCAGCUGACUCCCAGUUCUUUAGUUCUGUCCUGGAGCGGACCGAGUUACGACGGCGGUUCACAAAUCACAGAUUACAUAGUAGAGAUGAAAAGUAUUGGUGCAGCUAAAUCCGGAGACUGGAGUGUCCUCAGUUCCCACUGUAAGGACACAACGUACCGGGUCUGCUCAGGCCUUGACUCACAUGGCGAGUACCGCUUUCGGGUACGGGCCUGCAACAAAAUGGGGGUCAGCGACCCCGGUGAAGAGUCGGACUGCAUCAAGAUGGAUACAGCAGCGGAGCCACAGGACGAGCCACUCCCACAAGUCGAUAUCAUUGUUGACACCGUGCACAAAGUCAAAGAUUGCUACAACAUCCAUGAAAAAUUAGGAGUAGGGAAGUUUGGCCAGGUGUUCCGGUUGAGCCAUAAGGAGACGGGUCACGUGUGUGCUGGAAAGUUCUACCGUGCAUUUGGGUCCAAGGACAAAGAAGCAGCUAGAGAGGAGAUCAAGUUGAUGAAGGAGCUGUUUCAUCCGAAGCUUGUGCAGUGCCUGGGAGCGUUCGACACCCGCUCAGAGAUCACCUUGAUCAUGGAGUACAUUGCCGGUGGUGAGCUGUUCGAGCGUAUCGUGGACGAUAAUUUCGAGCACACCGAGCCCACCUGCAUGCAGUACAUGCGGCAGAUCCUGGAGGGCGUCCUUUAUCUUCACCGUAAAAACAUUGUCCACCUCGACCUGAAACCCGAGAACAUAGUGUGCCUCAACACCACAGGGACUCUCAUAAAGAUCAUCGACUUCGGCCUGGCCAGAAAACUCGAACCUGGAAAGCCUCUUAAGGUGAUGCACGGCACACCCGAGUUUGUAGCUCCGGAGGUGGUGAGCUAUGAGGCUGUGGAUCUGGCGACUGACAUGUGGAGCAUCGGGGUGAUCUGCUACAUCCUACUGAGCGGAGAGUCGCCAUUUCAGGGAAACACGGACGUGGAGACUCUCUCGCUCGUCACUGCCGCGACCUGGGAGUUCAACCCAGAGUUCGAUGACCUCACUGACGAGUCCAAGGACUUCAUCUGCAAUCUGCUGAAGAAGCAGAAAAGUGAGCGGAUGUCAUGUGAGCAGGCUUUGGCUCAUCUGUGGAUGGAUUCGUCCACCGGGCGAGUCACAAAAACCCUCAACAAAGACAAGAUGCGACGGUUCCUUGCCAGGCAAAGAUGGCAGAAAACCGGUAAAGCCGUGCUGGCGCUGAAGAGGAUGGCGCACCUUUCGAACAGAUCAGACGGAUCGGAUUCUCCUUCUGGACACGCGAACGACACCAGUUUGGGGAAGGAAGCCGAAGAGGCUGUUAGGGCUCUGGAGCAGCAACUAAAGACCAAGCCAAACUUCCCACAAGCACUUCAUGACCUUACAGAGCCCUGCGGUGCGACUGUACACAUGGCCUGUAUUGUAGAAGGUUAUCCCGACCCGGAAGUGGUGUGGCUGCUCGACGACGAGCUACUGGAGGAGACGGAGCGUGUGCAGAUCGAGUAUAAAGAGGACGGGCUGUGUACGCUCACCCUCGUCCGGGUGCAACCCAGGGAUUCUGGGACGUACAAGAUCCGAGCCUCUAACCACCUGGGCCAGGCGCUGUGUUCAGCAAGGCUCACUGUGGCCAACUAGAGGCGCUAGUGGUGCUACUGAGGGGAAAAAAAAAUAGGGAAGGGGCAAGGACAUGGUUGUGCAGAGCAGCAAUUUGGAUUAGGUGACUUGAACGAGGACGAUCUUGAUCUCGGGGUCACAAUUAAGGGAUACUUGACCACAAAGGCACUUUGUCGCACGAAUCACAGCCGUUCUCACAGCGGGGGAGUUUUUUUUUUCUUUUUUUCCUUUUAUCACUUUUCUCACACCAAUAAGCUAUGUAGAAUAUACAGUUAUUUAAAUUUCUAUCCAGUUAAAUGUUCACGAUCUACACAGAACACUUUAAACACCUGUACAUCUGCACGAUUUGACAUGCGUUUCUGCUCACUGUGGUUGUAAAGCGUGAUUACUUGAGUUACAGUAACCGUCCUGUCACCUCUCACCAAAAAGGUGUUUCUGCUUACAGGAUGUUUUUUUUUUUUUUCCAUGUUGUGUAUAAAAAAAUCCCAGAAGAUCAGCAGCUUCUGUGUGGCCGGUAAACGUGUGUGCAUAAAUGAAGCUGUAAUUUUAGAUAAACUCUUGACACUGUAAAGAUUUUUAUUUAAUAAAGAAUUUAAUUCACAUUAUGAA